AUGUCAAAGCUCGAGACAUUGCCAACAGCAUUCCCAUAUUCUCCGGAACCCCUGGAAUCGUUCUUGGAGCGAUGGACAGCAGUGGUCCAGUUCGGUCUGGGUACGAUUUCUGGGGAAAAUGAAGCUGAAAAACAAAUCCUCGAAAAACACCUCCAGACAGAGGCUAUUAAACGAUUUAAUGAAUACGCCCCUGCAAGUGUGAAAGAAAGUAUUAGGCGCAACAACCUAAGUAAAAUCUCAGAGAUCCUGCCACAACUAGAAACAGACGAAUUCCAGCAUACAGUCAAAGUACCAGCGUUGGAGAUUGCUGAUAACGGGCACUACAGUCAGCCAUAUAAUCAGUCAAAUACCCCGACAUCAUCGUCAAGCUACGGUCACCGAAACUAUUCCGAACAGAGGAGAAAUCAGGACCCUUCACGAGAUCUAGUCACCGCUCUCCUCAAUGAAUAUCUGCCAUCCAACCGGAACAAGCAAGGCAACGGGUACAGACAAACACCACCUCGACCACCGGAGCCACCUCCAUCUAUACCAGGACACACAGCUCAUCCUGGUGACCCCCCUUUGCGCAGCUUCAACUCCGCCAUCGCCUACGGUCAAACUCCAAACGACGAGGAUGAAUCUGACUACGAGAAACCAACGGAAAAUGCGGACAACUCUACCACGGAUCAGAUUCUAGCCCACGCUAACAUCUUGGCAGCCAACCAACGUCCUCAUGCAAUCCCAUCUAAACCUAAACAGAACCCUUCUGAUAUGGAUGAGAUCAAAAGAAUGCUGCAGCAGACUACAGCCUCACUCCAACAGCUUGCGAUGAGUUUGAAUAACCUGCAGACUCAGAAUCGCCCAUCGUCAGACUCUAGACCAUUCUCUAGGUCUCUCUCAAGGGAACGAGAAGGGAGAAAAACCCUGCGGAGUCCUACGAGAACGCAGCAGAACAGAGCCAGCCCAUCCACAAAUGGAACCAUCCCAAAGGAGACUUUAAACGACAUUGUUGCUCGCCAAUUGAGUGCGAUGACGAGCGGCCAAAACCAGCACUCACUCCAUACAAUGUCGAGCAUGCAUCCCAGACAGUAA